AGGUGACAACCUUUUGUACUCACUUUUCGACCAUCUUUGCACUUGCGGGUUUCACUCGGCUUGGCCGUCUUGGGUUGCCUCUUGUCUGCGAUUGUGGCGCUCCAGAGCAGCCUUGUCGAUUGUUUCCGUUGUCUUCGUGUUGCUUGGACCAGGCGUCCGCCUUGUACUAGUUCAUAACCGGUCAACAUUCUUAGAACAAGGCUCUCCAGGCUUUUCAACACCUCCUCUCCCUAGGAUAUUAAGGCCAGUCCAUCCACGGAACAUAUUCGCCACUGCGGUCGGGAAUCUGGUUUCGCUUCAUUUGCAGCUGCCCUUCCCGCAGCCACAUACGAGGAGGGCAACCGCCAAGGCUAAGGGUUCAUAAAUCGAACACAAGGCGCAUUAUCGAGGAGGACCUCCAACUGCAAUGGCUAUCUUCAAGAGGAACUCAGAGUCCUCGGACGGCGUUAGUCCCCAUAAAGGAGACAAGGAAAUGGGGAAGAGCGAGUAUCAACCCGGAGAAUAUCCUACGGGAGAGCAAACUGUGGUCAAUUCAGAUGGCAUUGUUGUCAGUGCCGACCACACGCAUCUCCAUCGUGGACUCAAGUCUCGUCACAUUACUAUGAUUGCUAUCGGCGGGGCCAUUGGAACUGGUCUGAUUAUUGGAACUGGAGCUUCUCUUGCAAAAGCUGGACCCGGCUCAAUUCUAAUCUCUUACACUUUCGUCGGUCUCCUAGUCUACAUUGUUAUGUGUGGCCUUGGUGAGAUGGCAGCUUGGCUUCCCCAAGCCUCUGGUUUCGCUGGAUAUGCUACUCGAUUCGUCGAUCCUGCGCUCGGUUUCGCCCUUGGAUACACCUACUGGUUCAAAUAUAUUAUCGUAACCCCCAACCAACUCACUGCAUCUGCAUUGGUUAUCCAGUACUGGAAGCCAGCACACGAAGUCAAUCCUGGAGUAUGGAUUGCGGUGUUCAUGGUCACAAUCAUAUGCAUCAACUACUUUGGCGUACGAUUCUUUGGUGAAUUCGAAUUCUGGCUAAGCUCCAUCAAAGUCCUCGUUAUUGUUGGCGUCAUUCUCCUCUCGUUUAUACUCGUUCUUGGAGGAGGCCCGACACAUGAUAGAACAGGAUUCCGAUACUAUCAUAAACCUGGGGCUUUCAAGCCAUAUAUUGCGAAAGGCGAUACCGGCAAGUUUCUCGGAUUCUGGAGCUCCAUGAUUACAGCAGUUUUUGCCUAUCUUGGCACGGAACUUGUUGGUGUAACAGUUGGCGAAGCUCAGAACCCUCGAAAAACCAUCCCUCGUGCGAUUAAGCUUACGUUCUACCGGAUUUUGUUCUUCUACGUCCUCAGUGUCUUCUUCCUCGGCAUGCUCGUGCCCUACAAUUCCAAGGAUCUCGCGUUUGCAAACAAGGCUGGUACUAAGGCCUCUGCUUCUCCAUUCGUAGUAGCCAUAAAGACUGCAGAAAUCAAAUAUCUUCCAGGAAUCCUGAACGGCUGUAUUCUUGUUUUCACCUUCAGCGCCUCGAACUCCGAUCUCUACAUCGCCUCCCGGACCAUAUACGGAUUGGCCGAGCAAGGUCAUGCACCACGCUUUUUAGCCUGGACAGACAAGCGCGGUGUCCCUGUACCCGCACUCGCGGUCUCGUCCCUGUUCUGUCUGCUUGCUUUCAUGAACGUCACGGAUGAUUCUAAGAUUGUCUUCGGCUACUUCGUAAAUUUAGUCACAAUCUUUGGACUCCUAACUUGGAUCUCUAUCUUAGUCACGCACAUAUAUUUUGUACGAGCACGGAAGGCUCAAGGACUUACUAAUGAGCAAAUGCCGUAUGUUGCUCCAUUCGGUAUGAUUGGAUCAUGCAUUAGCUUGUUCUUCUGCUGCUUGAUCGCGUUGACGAAGAACUUCAAUGUGUUCACAUACUCUGCCGACUAUGGGAAAUUUGACUAUAAAAAUUUCAUAACGGGUUAUCUGGGCAUUCCACUGUACUUGAUCAUGAUCUUCGGCUACAAGUUCUGGCAUCGAACCCAUGGUAUCCUUUCCCAUGAGGCCGAUUUUUACUCCGGUAAAGCCGAGAUUGAUCGCGAAGAGGAGGCCUUUCUGGCCCACCAAGCAGCCACCAAAAAGCACAAGACAGGCGGCUGGUUCUACCGGACCUUUGUUGCUUGGCUGUUUUAAGCGGCGAAUCCUAGUGUCGAUGCUUUGCGACCGAGCCCUUUGCUUCAGGGCCACCUCUUAGUUUUUGGUAGAAGUAAAGUUUGUGUCAUCUCCCUACAAGGCGGCGCACAAAGAAUUUAACUAUUAAUGUGUGUAAUGAAAUUCACUCUUGCUAUUAUUUGGGUUUGCAUUAUCGAUAUCCUGUCUUCAGG